CAGAUAAUUCUAAUUUUUCAGAGAUUCCAAGUUUCUUUUUGGAAGCUAUGGUUGGAGUUAAGGUUCUUGAUCUUUCUGGUACUAGGAUUAAAGCUUUACCUGGUUCCAUCUCUAACUUGGUGAAUCUCUUUGCACUGCGGUUGAGGAAGUGCCAGAGCUUAAAGUACUUGCCUUCCUUAGCAAAGCUCAGGGCAUUGAAGAAGUUGGAUUUGCAUGAGGCAGGGAUUGAGGUGGUCCCUCAAGGCAUGGAGAUGUUGGUAAAUCUUGAAUAUCUUGAUUUAUUUUGUUCAAAACUGAAAGAGAUUCCAAUGGGAAUAUUACCUAGCCUUCCUAGUCUCCAGUACUCGGUUGUAUAUCCAAACAGUGCAAUUACUAAAAGGAUAAAUUUAGAAGAGGUUGCUAGAUUGAGCAAGUUGCAGAGUUUGGAAUGUGGCAUAGAGGUUAUACAAGACUUUAACUAUCUAGCCAAUAAGUCUAAAGAUUUUGAAAGUCUUACGACUUACAAUCUUCGACUGACAUCAGGAAUGAGGAAGUUGUUUCCACUUGAGCUACUACAUGCCCUCCAAAACUUAGAGAAGAUUGAAGUUCGCGAAUGCAAACAAAUGGGGGAGAUAAUAGCAUCGUCAAAUUCAGAUGCAUCACCUGAUAAAUUCACUUUUCCCAAGUUAAGGGAAUUGAUUUUGUCAUGCUUAGACCAAUUGAAGAACAUCUGCAGUGCCAAAAGAGUUAUGGGGUGUGAUUCUAUUAAAGAUGUUCAAAUAAUUGAAUGUCCGAAGUUAAAGAGGAUCCCUCUACGGCUUCCUCUGCUUGACAAUGGCCAGCAGUCUCCUCCUCCUUGUCUCAAAAAAAUCGAGAUAGAUUAUUAUUUAAGAGAAUGGUGGGAAUCAGUGGUUGAGUUGGAUCAUCCUAACGCUAAGAACAUACUCCAACCUUUCUUGAAAUUUAUUCCAUAUCUACUCCACAAUGGGAACAAAGCCAAAAAUGCGUCUGAUGUGGGAAGCCUAUGUAUUGUGGAGGAGAUGAGAUUGAGAUGCAUCCACCCUUCACCCUCUGCUCUACUGUCCUAUCUCAUAAAUUCCAACUAUGAUCUUUUCUCAAGCAAAGGCAACUUCUCUCGUCAGAACAACAAAGCAAAAGAAAACAGGAUUGGACUCACUCACUGCCAGUAGUCUUGAUUUCAUGGACAAUAAUGUUUGAUUGUUUUUUACCAAUUUAUGUCUUUUUUUAAUUGUAUUGGAUGAUCUUGGUUUUGUAUCUUUUGGUAAUUUGUUUGUGUUGUAAGCUGUUAAGCAUGUUAUGUUAUGGGAUUCCUACUCUUGUUUCUUUGGUGCUUCAUUGCUUCAUAUACUAAAUCUGUUAUCAAUUU